AUGGUAAGUACUUCAUCCUUGUGGCCAUCGAAUCCAACCACUAAAACAUCUCAGGCCGCCUCCUUUCGACGUCUCGCAAAGGACCAUGCGCAGCUGCAAGCCGCUCUCCCUCCGAACUACCUCUUCCUCGAGUCUGAUGACCCUCAGUCGCUCCCUGAUGACCUGACACAAUUGAACGUGCUCGUCACUGGGGCGGAGGGAACUCCUUACUCCCAAGGGCUAUGGCUGCUACACCUCAGGGCUCCCCUCGACUACCCAAAAUCCCCGCCUAAGGCGACGUUCAAAACACGGAUCUACCACCCAAACAUCGAAGAAUCUACAGGCGCAGUGUGUCUAGAGACACUGAAAAGAGAUUGGAAGAGUAGUCUGACAUUCAAAGAUAUUCUUGUCACCAUCUCCUGUCUGUUGAUCCAGCCUAACCCGGAUUCAGCGUUAAAUGCAGCCGCUGGAGCCCUGAUUCAGGAAAACUACGAUGCUUUCGCGGCUCAAGCCAAAUUGAUGGCAAGCAUCCACGCACCGAUCCCCCGACAUCUUGCCAAAGCCGUCUUGGAUGCAAAGAGGAGAGGAGAAGAGGAGAAUGAGGAUGGCUCAACACAAACUCUGAAGGGUACGAGUAGCAAUAGCCAUGCCAUAGUCGAUCAAAAGCUUGGGGACAAUACCAAGGAAAACGAAAACCAGAACAGUCGCGACAAGAAGAUCUCCACGAGCUCCAAACGUCCUUUAUGUGAAAUGUCAAGCACCGAAGGGUCGGAGACGCAUGGCAUGCAGAUCGACGAAGUGGCCCAGACCGGGCCGAAUAGGAAGUCUCCUCGUCUACUACGGCCAGGAGUACCAAUUCCACAAGACAUUUCGAGUGCAUUAUCUACGCAAGAGGAUUGUAUCGAUGAAGAUGGAGAUAAGGAGAAUAUCGGAGUUUCGACGGGCAAAGCCACCAAAGGAGCAGCUCUGCAUCAAGCAACGGUGCCCCCGACAGGUGCCACACUACGGAAGGUCUCGAACAUUGGGGGAACAAAAAAAGGGCUUCCACGGGUGGGUAUUCGCAGAUUAUAA